AUGGAGCGCAUCAAGGGGGGCGAGCUGUUUGAGGCUUUGAAGUCUGAGCUGGCGGUUAUCACUGAACAGGAUAUGUCGAGAGUAAGCUUGCAGCUCCUCAAGGCGCUGGAGUAUCUCCACAGCUGCCGCGUUGUCCACAGAGACAUCAAGGCCCAGAACAUCCUUUUGACUGAGCCGCCGCUGCUUCCUGGCAGAGCGCUAUGCAAAGCUGACAUCAAAGUCAUCGACUUCGGCCUGUCAGCUCGCCUGCCACAGGAGUGCUGCUGGCGACAGAAUGAUCGCUCUUUUGACAUCGUUUGCGGGACACCAGCCUGUUGCGCCCCUGAAAUCUGGGCUACGCAGGAGGGCGCUCUGCCGAUUUGGAAGAAGCGCUUUGGCUUCAGGUAUGGAGCAAAAGUGGACGUUUAUGCUGCUGGCGUGGUGAUCUACAUGGCACUUCUCGGUCAGUUGCCUUACUAUGCGGAAACCUCUCUGAAGCUCGCCAGACUUGUUUGCAGCAAAGACUCAUAUCCCAGCUUCGAGUCGAAGGAUGGAAGCCAUCAGGUUUCAUCGAGGUGCCGGGAGUUCCUUUCUAGGCUGCUGGAGAAGGAUCCAAACAGUCGUUGUACAGCGGCGCAGGCUGCUCGCCAUCCGUGGCUCUCCGGACGGGCGAAGAGAUCAAUCCCACAGCCGAUUCCUUUGCAGGUUCGGAGCAGUGCGGCAGCAGAGGCAAAGGCCUCCCUGGAGCAAUGCCUCCCAGAGUGCGAGCACAACGUUUCGCCAAAGGCAUGCGGCAAGCUCUGGGAUUGCAGUGCUAUCGUCAGAGUUUUUCCCAUGCAAAAUGCAAGAAACGUCCGAUACACUUCUUACUAUCUUCUUGCUUUUUUGUGUCCUCAGAAAGCCCAGAAUUGA